UUAGUCAAUCGGAAUCGUCCGGCCGAAACGAAAGAUCUCGCUUUUCAUUGAAUAAAAAGAAAAUUUGUUAAAAAAAAAUAUAUAUAUAAAAAUUGUAUUUAAUUAAAUUUUGCAACUAAAAUAAUAAAUAAAUUAUUCUCUUAAAAUACAUCUCUUGUUGAUUAAAAAUUAGAAUUUAAGAAUAUAACAGUAAAUUUUCAUAACGAAUUUAAACGACGAAAUCAUUAAAUAUAUAAAUAGAAAUAGUUAAAUGCAACAAUAAAAUAAUAAAUCUAACUAAAUAAAUCGCAAUACAUAUACAACGAACACAAAUAAAAACCAACAAAUACUUAUAAAAUUUGUCUAAUAAAACGGUAAAUUAGCAAAAACGAACUUAGUAGCAGCAGAAAAAAAGGAAUUAUUUUAUUAAGAGAAAGAAAAUUAAUGAAAUAGUAAACUAAAGAGAAACUAAAAAAACACGCGUUUAACGGUAAAUCAAAGUAAACAAGUCUUCAACACAUUUGCAAUAAAAGUAAAUUAAACAAAUAAAUAAAUUACUUUAUCAAUAACAUAAAAUCAACGAAAAUAUAAACAAAAAUUUAAAUUUAAAUAAACAAUUUUGCAAAGCAAAGAACAAAAAUACUUUAACUCCUUUGAAAAUUACACAGAAAGAAUUUAGUAGUAUUAACUUAAUAGUGACGUCAUUUCCCGUUUAUGAAACAUUACGAAUUAUUUAUUUAUUAUUAAUGCACCUAAAUGAAAAUAUAAAUACACUACUAUUUUUAUAAGAGAUAAAAAAAGGAACAUUGAAAAAAUUUUUAAGAAUAAAUAAAAUACAUUUUUUCAAAUGAUAUAAACACAGUGUGUACGAAAAUAAAACCGACAAAAGUGCCAUCAUACUCUAUUCAUACAAAAGGAUAUUUUGGAAAACAUAGGAUUAACUUAAUCAAAGGAUUCAAAAAGUUUUGUUAAACGCCAUAAAUGAAUCCAACGAAGUGCCAUACCGGAAAUAGUAAAUGUUGAAAGGAAAAACAAAGAAACAAAAUAAAAUCAAAACAAAGAAUUAUCAUAAUUUUUACAACUUUUAUUUUGUUUAUUUUUUAAAUACAUAUUAUUUGCUAUAAAUUCUUUUUUACAUUAAAGAAGAAAUAGCAACAAAGACAAUAAUACAAAAAUAGCUAAACUAAAGAAAAAGAAACAAAAAGCUUAAAAUUACACCAAAAAGUACCUUUAAGUAGCCCACAAACCCAUUGGAUGAAAAUAAAGUACGAAUUAUUUAAACAUUAAGCUCACACUUUUUUUAAGAAAACACAUUGUAUAACAAAAAGCUUUUUACGUUUUAUUGCACAUGUAACGUACACACAUACACAUAUACUAUAAAAAGAAAAAGAAGAGAUUACUUUCGUAAAUCUAAGAAAAAUAGAGAGAAAAGAAAGAAAGGUCGGACCUAUUCGUGAAUGAGAAAUUCAUGAACAUUAUUAAACGAACUUCAUACAAACACAAAAGAAAUUGUAUGAAUUAUAUAAAGAAAAAUGGCAGAUAAAUUAAACAAAACGACCUCUAGCAUAUCGUUAGAAAAACAACAACCUAUAAAUAUGACAAAAAUGACUUCACCCCCAGCGCCCAAUAGGGGAGAAGUAUUGAUAGUGACUAGGCUUGCAGAGAACAUAACUGAUAGCUAUAGACUGGUUAAGCAAAAACAGCAAAAGUUUAAUGAUCUAACCAAUCAACAGCAUCAUCAUAAUCAUCAAAAGCUUUCAAAAUUUACUAACAAUGAAAGCUCUAACAAUAGCAGCAGUAACAACAACACAAAGCUUAUAAAGCCCAUUUUGAAAACGCCCACAGAUGAGUGGCAAGAAGUAUGUUCACCCAAAAAUAAACUUAAACGCAAGAAAACUUUAUCAGCUUCCUUAACUUCAGUCACAGAUUCUGUUAAUCAAGAGAAAAGGACACGCAUCGAGGGUAUGCAGUUGAAUUGUAGAGGUAGAUUACAUAUCAAAGAAAAUAUUGCUACACCUACGACUUCCACUACAGUAAAUACACCAGCCGCAACAGUUCUCUCCAGAACAGAAAAACUGGCUGGCAAGCCACCUUUGCCUCCCUCUUCCAAACAAACUCAGCCAACAGAAUCUAAGGUUUUAGUAAAUCCGCCGCCCAGACUUAAGCGUAAACUUCAGGAAAAUGUUCAGACUAUACAAAAGCUUAAUGCUCUUACCGAGCAAUUGCGUUUGGAAAUCAAUGAACUUAAAUCGAGUUUAACCACUGAAAAAGGAGCUGUACGAGUUUUAAGAGCCCAAAAUGAAUCUGAAGCACGUAAAUGGAAAACUGAAGUGAAAAAGCUACAAAAUGCUGUAGAGCUUUUAAAGAAAGCUGGUGUUAAUAAUAACAAUAAAAAAUGUGAUACAGCCAGCACAAAUAACGAAAAUAACUUGCCACAGGCUGCCAUGGGUGGCCUAGUCAAUUAUGAAAUACAAAGACUGACAAAUGAGAUAAAUGCCCUAAAAGAAGCCAAUAAAGCUUUGGAGGAAAAGAAAGUGAUUAAUUGCGACGCUGAUAGACGUAAAGCAGCUGAUAUACGCGAAUUAAAAGAUUCUUAUGAAAUCCGAUUGACUCAAAUACAAAAAUCUGCCAAAAAUGAAAUAUCACGAUUGCUGGAGGAAAUAAAAACUAAAGAACGUAAUAUUGGGCAACUAAAAAAGGAUUUACAAAUUUUACAAAAUUCUAAAACUACUAGCAGAAAUGCAACGACUAAUAAUACUAAUUUAACGAAUAAUAAAACGACGAAUUCAAAUUUAAAACUAAAUCAAAAUAAUAAAAAACCAAAGAGCAGCAUAACAAAUGCUGCACAAAAACAAAAUGAAGACUCUUCCAAAGAUAAAGAAUCUUCCAAAGAAACCACAACAACAACGAAACAUAAGGAUUCAACUAAAAAAGCUGAAAAUUCUGAGAUUUCCAAACUCAAGAAUAUUGAGCUGAUAAAUAAUACAAAAAAUGUCACAACGAAUCUACAAAAAUCAACUAAAAUACUCAAUACACAUCACAAUAAUGUUAAAGAAACAGCAACAGAAAUUGUUGAAAAUAACAAUGAACAGAAUAAUGCAAUAACUAUUGUACAUUUAAAGGCUUUAGAAAUACCAGAUUUGCAUAACCACAACAACAGCAAUAACAACAAUUGCAACAACAAUGACACUGAUGAUGGUGGUCACAAAUGUUGUAUUAUGAAGAAAAAACCUGAACCAUUAUUGCUGACAACGGCAACACAAACCAACGACACCUCAUCCUUAAUGAAUUCCACUAGAAAUAUGAUUGCAACAGCUGAAGCAACAACACAAACAACACCACCAACAACAGCCAACUUGUUGGCAACGUCAUUGGCAUGCGAUGUAGAAACCGAUCAUUUUGAUGAACAACACAUAACACAAGAAUUAACACAGCAUUUACAAAAUAAAGCCAUACAAGAUGCUAAAGAAAAUCAUGAACAUGAUCAUCAUCACCAUCAUAGACAUCAUCAUCAUCACCACCAUCAUCAUCAUAAUAAUCAUUCAGAUUCCGAUUCAGCUUUAUCCUCAGCACCGACCAGUAUAAGUCCUCAACCACCAGCAAAUGGUGAAGAGCCUACAGAUAUUUGGCAAACGAUGCGCAGCUAUACCAAUGAUAUAGAAAAACUACAGAAGGAAGUUGACUUAUUGCAAAAACAAAAUGAACAACUGAAACAAGAACUCAAUAUAGCCAAGGAACAAAUUAUCGAAUUGGAAACCAAUGCCAUGGAGAGUGCUAACAACACCAAAAUACCACAAUUAAUGGAACGCAUUAAAUAUUUGGAGGAACAGGAGCAUGAAUUACAGGCCGAGGCCAAUGAUUUACGUGAACAAAAUGAAUUGCUAGAAUUUAGAAUACUUGAAUUGGAAGAGACUAAUGAUAAGUGGUCGCUUCAAAGCCACACAAAUCCCGCAUCUGAAUCUUCGGAAUCGAUGCAAACUACCACUGUCGCCAAUAAUACACAAAAUCUAUGGUCUUGUCCGGGAGCUGGUAAUAAACCCGAUCCAUUCGAAAUGUUAUUCGGCAAUAACAGUCAUACCAGUCAAAAUGCCAGUAUACAACUCGAUUCGGGCAUAAUAUCGCCACAAAGUCAACAUCAUCAUGAUGACUUGAUCGAUAUAUCCAAUGAAGAGUUGUGCAGGCGUUUGGGAGAUCUUUUGAAAAAAUCCUCCCUAGAAGAAGAUGAAAGACAUUGUCUGCAGCAAGUAUUGAAUUUGGUACAACAAUUGGAUGCCUUAACGCCCAGAAGUGGACCGAACUCAUUAAAUGUCACCUCUUCCAGUGAUGAGGCCAGUAGUUUGGAUUUGGUCAAAUCGCGUAUAUCGGACUACAGUUCAGCAUCUACUGCCUCAACAAACAGUGCCCGUUCUACUUACGAUAGCAGCAGUCUAAACUCUACGAAAGUUAACACCAGCAAUUCAUCAAACACCAACACACCCUCACGUAUUGUAGCCACAGUCCAGCCCUACAAUAGCACAGCUCCUUAUACGCCCAGCAAUAGCCAUCAACUCGCACCGCAUAAUACACCCACAGAUUCGCCACGUAAAGCACGCUGUCAACCCUGGCAGACGAACAGUUUAAGCGAGAGUGGUGUAUUUGUAGAGUCGGACUUCUAUAGCGACGCUAGUGAGAAUAACGUUUGCACGCAGACCGACUUUGAAGACGGUGUUGGUGUUUCAUCUUAUUCUCCACAUCACAUAUUCAAUUCACCCACCAAAAAGGUACCUGUACAACAACAAAAUUCUUCAAAUUUAACCGAUCAAAAACGCCUGCAAUAUUACAAAGAGCGCGUCGAAGUACUUGAGAGCAAGGUGCUCAUAUAUGAGAGUUCUGGUGACGUGCAAGCCAAACGUUUAGCCGAACGUUUGCAACGUGAAAUUCUACUCGAAAAGGAGGUUAAUGAACUCAGAGAUAGAGUUGAAUUUUUGGAGAGUGAGAACUCUACGCUCGAGGAGGAGAAGUGUGAAUUUGAGGAAGCUGAAAACGAUACCAGACUUCGUUUGCAAAGACUCGAAGUUGAGUUGGAGAUUUUAAGCCAACGCAACGUUGAGUUGGAAAUGUCCAGAGAGGCACUUAGUGCCAAGUACAAAGACUGUCACUCAGAGUGUUUUAUAUUACGCGACGAUUUAGCUGCCAGUGAGACACAAAUACGUCACUUGGAAGAGGAUAAACAGAAGGCCAAAGAGAAUUUAGAAUUUUUACACAGCACUUUGCCAUUGCUGCUGAUUUGCAAUACCUAUUGCACUUUGGCUCAAGUUCAAAAUCAAAAUUAUCAAGUUGCCAACGCCCAAACAACGACAACAACAACCAACGAGGCCAUGGGUAACCAAGGCUCUAACAUGAAUUUGACAAGUUCUCCUACACGUUUCUCUGCUGGAGGUUUCGAUAAAGAUUUCAUGAAGUCUUCCGAGACCAGCAUUUGCCAGGAAAGAGAACUGCAGUACUUAAAGGAAGAAGUCAAAUGUCUGAGACAUCAAAUCAAAGAACUUAAUUCACGUCAUUAUGCCGCCAUGGAAUCAGCCGAUUCUCAUUGGGUGGAUCUCGAAAGAGAGUACAAGGAACGUGAAGAACAAUACCGUGCUAAAGAAAUGUGCCUUAAGCAAAAGAUACAAAAAUUGCAAGACUGUUUGAGAGAAGAUGCUCGCUCGGCCAAUGAGAAAAUCUGCCAACUUGAGGAAGCUGAGCAAGGUUUGAAGACCUGUUUGGUAAGAGUAUCGAAAGAUCACCAAAAACUACAAGAAGAUCACCAAUUAAUGGUAUCUGAAUUUGAUCGUUUCAAAGAACAGCACGAGCAAGUUAGAGAGCAACAAAAGCCUCUUACCGAAGCUCUGGAGAAUGAAAAGAAACGCAACAAAGGUCUCAUUGAUGAGUUGACUUUUAUGCGUAAACUGCAACAGGAAACUGAAAGUCAAUCUAAAAAGGAGUUGGAAAGUGUGCGCGGUCAAAUGUUUGAUCUUAAAAAAGAUUUCCUUCAUAUAGAGGUAACCAAUGGCGAGCUUAGAGAAGAAGUCGCCACACUCGAACUACAAAUACAAAGUUUGGAAAAAGCCUUGCGUGAAAGUGAAGAGAAAAUACGCUGUUUGACAGAUGAGAUCAGAACUAAAGAUGAAAUCUGUCAAAAAUUAGAAAAACGUUUGGAACGUUCAGAGGGUUAUAGUCUGGCCGAUGAGUUGGGCGAUUCACCUUCAAAACGUUUUAAGCGUGAAGAUAUUAAGGACCUUAAAACAGCCAGUAAAGGUUUGGGUCAAGCUUUAAGGCAUAUGGGGGACUGUGAACGCAUGUUGCCCACACAAAAACAGUUCAAAACUAUAGCACGGGAUGUUAAAAAGUUAGCGGAUACUCUGCUACAGGGCGAUGCCCCAGAAGAAGAGAAAAUUACGAAAAGUCAUCCGAAGCUUAUUUUAACCGACAUAACCAGAAUUUAAGCUCUUGUCAUAAUAAAUUUUGUCCCUCAAAUUCAUCUCAUACCAGCCAAUUAGAAUCUCAAAUGUGUGCCGCCUUAAUACAGUGUUCUCUCCCAUGUGUAGCACAAACCUCUAAUGUUAAUAGAUCCCAGUGUUGCUUUAAAUGUAUGCGUUUGCCUCAAACUAUUUAUAACACCACCACAGCUUCAUCGCUAUCGCAAACAUCAAGACAGAAAUGUUCUUGCAAUCAAUUA